CUGCUGUGCAACACCAAAGGAAGGAAGGAAGGAACAGAGUUAAGCUUCUUGGUAACUGAGAUAUUGCUUAUUUAAGCUUUCACUUCACCUCCCAUGUUCUCUUCCUCCUCGCUAUUUUUUUUUUCUUUUUCUUUUUUCUUCUCCUCUCUAGUGGAGCAUUUGCCCUGUUACACCUUUGAAUCUGUCACUGGAUUUUGAUUCCUCAAAUGGAUCCAAAAGGAAGCUUAUGUGCUAACAACAGCACAAGGUCCUCUUCCUUAACCUCCCUUGUGAAUGAAUUACAAACAAUUUUUCCCUCAGAUCCUUCCUCUUUCUAUGGGGUCAGGACUGAAACACCUUUCAAAGAAUACAACCUACCCUCUCCUCCAACCCAAUCUGUGCUUCCAGGUGAACCUAACAAAGAUAUUGAGAUCCCUGACCAAGAAAAUUGUCAUCUGAGUGACUCAUCACAUACCAGUAAACUCCAAGAUUGGAAUCCAAGUGUGAUGUUGAAUAACCUUUCCUUCCUUGAAGAAAAGAUUCAUCAGCUCCGUGAUCUAGUGCAUUUAAUUGUUAAUAAAAAAUGCCAACCUUUUGGACAGCCUCAUGAACUAGUGACUCAGGAACAGCAGCUCGUCACAGCUGAUCUUACAUCGAUUAUUGUUCAAUUGAUCUCUACUGCUGGUAGUCUUCUCCCUUCUGUUAGGCACACCCUCACAAACACAAAUCCCUUGGUUGGACAGCUUGACCAGCUUCAUGGGAUUAACCUCCCUUUUGGAUCAGACACAGGUAGUGGUGUUAGGCCACAAAAUAAUAGUGGAACUAAACUGCUUGAUCAGUCCACUCAGAAUGAUAUACUUCCAAAUAAUUGUGAAAUUGAACAAAACUACAACAUGGAAGAACAUGAACCAAAAGAUGAAGAAGAUAUGGACGAGGGAGAGCAUCUUCCUCCUGGUUCCUACGAGAUUUUACAAUUAGAAAAAGAAGAAAUCCUUGCACCUCACACACAUUUUUGUACCAUGUGUGGGAAGGGAUUCAAGAGGGAUGCGAAUCUGCAAAUGCACAUGCGAGGCCAUGGUGACGAGUACAAAACUCCUGCAGCUCUUGCAAAACCACACAAAGAAACUGGGUCUGAACCAAAGCUCAUCAAGAGGUAUUCCUGCCCCUAUGCUGGCUGCAAGCGCAACAAGGAUCACAAGAAAUUCCAACCACUGAAAACCAUUUUGUGUGUUAAAAACCACUACAAAAGAACACACUGUGACAAGAGCUACACUUGCAGCAGAUGCAACACCAAGAAGUUUUCAGUGAUGGCAGACCUUAAAACUCAUGAAAAACACUGUGGAAAGGAUAAAUGGCUCUGUUCGUGUGGCACAACAUUUUCAAGGAAAGACAAGCUUUUCGGACACAUUGCCCUUUUCCAAGGCCAUACACCAGCUAUUCCUUUGGAUGACACCAAAGGAGUGGCUGAGCCACCUGAUCUCCAGAACAGAGAAAGCAACAAUAAGGUUCCAAGUAUGAACUUCUGUUUUGGAUCAAAUCCUUCGAGUGAAAAUGUAGUGCAAAACACGAUGGAUGUGAAAGGUAAUAUUGAUGAUCCUAUGAAUUAUUUCUCAUCCUUGAACUUCGAAGGCUGUAACUUUGGUGGGUUUAAUGAAUUCUCCCAACCACCAUUUGAAGAUUCAGAAGGUUCUUUCUCUUUUCUCAUGUCAGGAUCCUUUAAUUAUGCCCCUAAAUUUGGUGGCGGUGAAUCAAGUUCUGAAAAUCUGUUGUGACAUGUUACUCUACAUAAUGUCUAUGUUUUCUUUAUUCCCCUGUCAACGAAUAAUCCUUUUGUUUGUCAAAUUUGUAAAGCCAGGUAAUGUCAUGUGCUCCCCAUUUCUUUACGUUGAAAGGAAAGUUUUAUGUUUCUAUUUUA